AUGUCUCACAAUGCUGUUUGGGAUCGAAGAAUAAAUCUUGGUAUUAACCCCUAUGCGGGUAGACCACAAAGGAUUCGCAGAAAUAAUCAAAGGGGUGCAGGACUGCCGACUGCCCCUAUUGUCGCAAACCCUGGCGACCUAUUACAGCGUGCCGUUACAGAUGCUGUAAUGGGGGGGAAAAGAUUUGCAGCACGUCAGAUGAAAAAAGCAAAACGUGCAAAAGCAAAAACAAGACGUCUCAAUGCAAGAGCAAUAAUGCAAAAACAUAAAUCAUCAACACGCAGAGUAGUACAAGAAGGAGGUCGUUUACAAGAAAGCCGUCGUACAAGAAAACCUAUUAAUCAUAUGCCUGUAGUCUAUCAAUAUCAUCAAUAA